AUGUCCAAAAUUCCAAGAAACUUUAAAUUAUUGGAGGAAUUAGAGAAAGGUGAGAAAGGUUUAGGUGCAGAGUCCAUUUCGUAUGGAUUGACGAACCAAGAUGAUAUAACAAUGACGUAUUGGAACGGCACUAUCAUUGGCCCGCCACACUCUAAUCACGAAAACAGGAUAUACUCCUUAAACAUUAUAUGUGAUGAGAAUUACCCUGAUAAGCCACCAAAAGUUCAAUUCAUUAGCAAAAUCAACUUACCAUGCGUAGAUUCAAACGGGAAUGUCCUUGUGUCUGAGUUUGACACUUUGAAGAAUUGGAAGAGAUCGUACACCAUGGAGACUGUGUUGUUAGAGUUGAGAAAAAGCAUGGCAUCACCAAAUAACAAGAAAUUACCACAACCAAGCGAAGGCUCCACUUAUUGA